UAGCAUACGUCAUCAAACAAUCAUGGCGGACUACCGAGAGGCGCCCUUGGCCACUCGGCCAAAAACACUGGACCCAAAUGAGUAUUUCAACCUCUCGACGGAGCUGCGACGUGCCGAAGAAGAGAGGGGUGCACUUCGCUCGAAUCUGAAGCUGCAGUAUCAGACACAACUCAAUAACCCGCAUAGAAACGAGCUCAUUGAAGACCCUGCCUUGACACGCUGGGUGCAUGCACGUGGCAACUCCUACCCAUACUUCAGGCCCACAUUCAAGACAUCCCUGCUGGGUGCAAUGUUUGGAGUUGUCCCUCUCUUUGUCCUCUACUUUGUCUUCAAGACAGACAGGGAUAGGAAGGAGAAGCAGAUUCAGGAUGGAAUCCUCCAGCGCAAGUUCAGUUUGUCAUCAUGAGCUCUGAUGUAUAAAGACCUCCUUUAUGUAUUAGCAAUGUCAGUGCGUGUAAUUAUUAUUAUCCAAAUAAAAUGAUAUUGUCA